CAGUCCUGCUCGCCAAUGGGAGCCGCGCUCUGCCCCACCCUCCUUACCCUCGAACCAAUAGUCGGGAUCCUUGCGAGGGCGGGACAUCGGAAAGGCCAAUGGGAAGGCGGCGGUGCGGAGUGGUGCGGCGCUGGGGUGACACCGAGCGGGGGCGAAGGGAGGGACGGCGGCCGCCGAGGCCCCGACGGCGACCCCCCCGCCCGCGGCCCCCGCAGCGACCGGGCCCCGAAGAUCUACACGAGGACGGGAGACGCAGGCUUCUCCAGCACCUUCACCGGCGAGCGGAGGCCGAAGGGCGACCAGAUCUUCGAGGCCCUGGGAGCCACGGAUGAGCUGAGCUCGGCCAUCGGGCUUGCUGGUGAAUUUAGUAGUGAAAAGGGCCACACGUUUGUUGAGCAGCUUCACAAAGUCCAGUGUAUGCUGCAGGAUGUGGGCUCCAACAUCGCGACACCUCUCUCCUCAGCCAGAGGGGCUCAUUUAAAACGAACGUAUUUUAGUGAGAAGCCGGUUCUGGAGCUGGAGCAGUGGAUUGACAGUUACUCUGAGCAGCUUCCUCCACUCAGAGCUUUCAUCUUGCCAUCAGGAGGUAAAAGCAGUGCUGCUCUCCAUUUUUCCCGAGCUGUCUGCCGCAGAGCUGAAAGGUGCGUGGUUCCUUUAGUACAAGCAGGAGAAGCAGAUCCAAACGUGGCCAAAUAUUUAAACAGACUGAGCGACUAUCUCUUCGUUUUGGCGCGUUACGCUGCAAUGAAGGAAGGGAAGGAAGAGAAAAUAUAUAUAAAGCCUGAACCGUAACUGGGAGCUGGGAUGUUUCUUUCCUUGAUCAUGGGAAGCUAAAUCCAGCAGACUGCUUUCCCCCGUCAAGGAAGGGAAAGAAGGCAAGCCUGGACUGGAAAUGUGAGCUGCCAAGAACUUCCAGCUUAAAUAACUAGGACCUUGUUCAUAACUACUGUGAGGGACACAGCUCUUCUGUUCACUGGGCCUUGUCCAAAUGCCUUUGUACGACACUGCAGUGAUGGCAUCAGAGUUAGCUUGCCCUGGGUUGGAGUUGAGGCAGGAGACUUCAAAGAACUACAGCUGAUUUUCGAGCGAUGUCUUCGUUUCCCUAGGCAGUGGCAGGUGCUGUGGAAAAGCUUUGACAGGACUCUGAGGAAUGAAGAAGAGAAAACAAUCAGCUUCUCUUUGUAAGUCAUAAUGCUCAUAUGGAACAGCAACUGGGUAGAGAUUCAGGAACUCUGUCCACAAGCUUUGAAAUAAUAAAUGUGAUUUACUUGUACCAAA